CGCGAGGCAGUUGUUUGUGUUGGCGGGCAGUGCUGAAGAGGGUUUCAUGACAGCCGAGCUGGCUGGAGUGAUAAAGCGUUUGUGGAAGGAUGGAGGAGUGCAGGCCUGUUUCAGUCGAUCCAGAGAGUACCAGCUCAAUGAUUCUGCAGCAUACUACCUGAAUGAUUUAGACAGAAUAUCGCAGGCCACCUACAUACCCACUCAACAGGAUGUGCUGAGGACCCGAGUCAAAACCACAGGCAUUGUCGAGACACACUUCACUUUCAAAGACCUCCACUUCAAGAUGUUUGAUGUUGGGGGUCAAAGGUCGGAGAGGAAAAAAUGGAUCCACUGUUUUGAAGGUGUAACUGCCAUCAUCUUCUGUGUGGCACUGAGCGAUUAUGACCUGGUGCUGGCCGAAGAUGAGGAGAUGAACCGAAUGCAUGAGAGCAUGAAGCUGUUUGACAGCAUCUGCAACAACAAGUGGUUCACGGACACAUCCAUCAUUCUGUUCCUCAAUAAGAAAGAUCUGUUUGAGGAGAAAAUCAAGAGGAGCCCACUCACCAUCUGCUACCCAGAAUACGCAGGGUCAAAUACAUAUGAAGAGGCCGCUGCCUACAUUCAGUGUCAGUUUGAAGAUCUGAAUAAGCGGAAAGAUACCAAGGAGAUCUACACUCACUUCACCUGCGCCACCGACACCAAGAACGUGCAAUUUGUCUUUGACGCAGUGACCGAUGUCAUCAUCAAGAACAACCUGAAGGACUGCGGACUAUUCUAGAAGCUGGCCUGUAUCUGGUGAAAUUAAAGCCAGUUUUGAUGUGCAUUUUGUUGGAGAAAGAUUGCAAGACCAAGUAUGGAGAAAAUUGGUCUUGGACCAGUGCUGUAUAUUACGCCACUUUUGACAGCUUUAUUUAUGGUUUUUGUCUCUGGAAAUGUUAAAACGUAGCAUUUAAAAAUGAAUUGUGUCGAAUGUUCGUAUAGUCGUUGCCGUCGCAGCCAUGUUGUUCAUUUUUCACCCCGACACAAGUUUGUUUCUUUUAAAUGUGGGAUUUCUUUUUAUUUUGCUUUCUUGCAUCAGAGGAGUUCCCCUUUACUCGUAAAAUGUUACACUUUUUUUGCCUUUGCGGUUGUUGCUAUGGGGAGAGAGGAAGAUUGUGCUUCUCAAUCCGAUUUGUUGGUUCUUGUGCCUUCGCAUGCAUUUCUGCAGUCUUUGUCCAUUUGCUUGGGUUUGCCUACUGAAUAUCUCUCCAAAGUCAAAAAAUUUCAUACUGGACGUUACUAAUCUGAGAGCACAAAUCCUCAAAUGCAUCGAAAGUGAGCGUGUGUGAGAGAGUG